GGCUGCGAAUCACUUACGAUGCCCAGUGUCCGAGCUGUUGACGAACCAGUUAGACGGGCAAUUGGCAUUGCCGAGACUUUGAUAAGUGCCCACUGCGCACCUCACUCGCCCACCUCGCCCACCUCUACGCCGAUUUGUUUUUUGUUGUGCGUGCAGUUAGCCAAAAAUAAAAAACACGAUAGAGGCAAUCGCGAAGCUCGGGCGAGAAAAACACACUCGAUAAGGAAGGCGGGCAGUAAAAAACAGUUGCGCCGCAUACUUCGGCCGGAGAACAACGCCACACAGCGGCCCGGGGUGAGCUCAUUCCGGCGGAAUCCCAGAAGUCUCACAGCCAGCCACAAUGCCUGAUAACAGCAACAAAUUCUCCGUCUCCAAUGACUCCGUUGGCAUUCCAGACUGGGUCAAUGCCGCCUACUUUAAGCGAGUGCUCAAGCGGGAGCUGCGCGAGUUCCGGCGCAUCCUGAACCUCGCGAUCAUCCCGGCCACACCUCCCGGAGAGUCCUACACCUCCCUGCUAAUGCGCGUCGUCAUUGACAUCGAACUGAAAGACGGAUUCUCGCAGCAACGAUCCUACAUUGUUAAGACCAUGCUGAACGACGUCCAUGGCAAUGGCGGUUUUGUGAAUACCCUGAAUAUUUUCCCCAAGGAGAAGAUGAUGUAUGACACGAUCAUACCCCAGCUGGAGGAGCUCUACGAGAAAAUGGGCCUGUCCGUGAAGUUCGCACCCAAGUGCGUGUGGUCGGAGGAUCUUAAAGGACGCAUCUGUCUGGUGCAAGAGGAUUUGCGAACAAAAAAAUACAAGAAUAUCAGCCGUCUCAAGGGCUUCGAUAUGGAGCAAAUGGAAAGGGUCCUGGAGAAAUUAGCAGAGUUUCAUGCAGCCAGUGCCGUGUGGCGCCAGAAGCACGGUCCCUUUCCAGAGGACUUUCAGCGCAUCUACCUGCCCGCCAACUACAACAAAUCCAAGUCCUAUCAGGCUCGGGUUCAGAGCUAUAAAGCCGCUAUGGCCAGCUGGGGUCUGGCCGAUCAUGAGCAAUACGUGAAUCGCAUACCCACAGCUGAUCAGUUUGUGCAGUCCUACGCCCGCUGUUUCAACAACAAUCCCCAGGAGUUCAAGGUCCUUAACCACGGCGACUUCUGGUCCAGCAACAUAAUGCUAAGCUAUACCCAAUCUGGCGAGAUAAACCAGCUGCGUUUCGUGGACUUCCAACUGUGCAAGUGGGGCAGUCCGGCGCAGGACCUUUGGGAGCUUAUCAUUUGCUCCGCAAAGCAUAGCAUUCGCAUCGAAUGCUUCGACUCCUUCAUCAGAAUAUACCACACCCACCUGGUAAGGUGCUUAAAGACUCUCAACUUUAGCGAGCGACUGCCACUGCUGAGGGAUCUACACAUGAGCAUGAUCAAGUACGGGUUUUGGGGUUACUUCACAACCUUUACACACCUGGUGUUCAUCCUUCUUCCCGUGGAUACCGAGGCCAGUCUGGUGAAACUCACACAGCCCGGAGAAGAGGGAGACCGCUUCCGGGCCAAGGUCUACACGAACCCCCUCUAUGUCCGAGCAGUUCUCAGUAUAUUGCCCUUUCUCUACAGGCGGGGCAUACUAGACUUUUAGUCCUUCUACGGUUCGAGCUGAUUUUCAUAUUUGUUUCGAAAAACCCCACGGAACCGAAAAUCGGAACAGAGCCGUAUCUUUUCCCGACUGUAUCUCAUGCGAAGGUGUCAUGCCCUCGCUUUGACUAUCUGAAAGAUUUAUCUUUUGUUUAGCUGCGACAAAGUCUGUUUAAUAUUUUUGCAAGAAAACAAGACAAUGAAA